AUGAAACGUUUUCUUGCUGCGAUGUGUGUUGUGGGAUCUUUCCUACACGCCGUCAGUAAAUGCACCGUCCAAGAGUCCGAGUUUCAUCUGGACGGAGAUUAUUUAAUCGGUGGACUUUUUGACAUUCACCAGGUCAAUGUACCUCUCUAUCAGGAAAGACCAGAAUCCAUCGAUUGCUCCAGCAAACUUUUCCUUGUUCCUAAUUAUCGGCGGUUUCUGUUGAUGAGAUUCACCGUGGAGGAAAUCAACAACUCCACCAGCCUGCUGCCAAACGUGACUCUUGGCUACGAGAUGUUUGACCACUGCUCAGACACACUGAGCUUUGCAGGAGUGUUUAAACUCAUCUCAGUGAACGAUUUGCUCCGUCCUUGGGAUGAACCGUACCAGAACCUGUCCAAAAUUUUUGCGGUGGUUGGUCCAUUCACAAGCACCCAUACCCUGACUAUUGCUCCACUCUUCAUGGUGGAUCUCAUUCCUAUGGUCAGCUAUGGAUCUUCUGUGUCCAUCUUUUCUGAAAAAUCUAAAUACCCGUCUUUUUUACGAACAGUGCAUCCUAAUGACAACACCCUAAGUGUGAUUGUUAACAUUAUUAAACACUUCAAGUGGCGUUGGGUUGCUUUUCUUAACAGCGAUACCGAUUUUGGAAUCGACGGCCUGGAACUGUUCAGGAAGAGGAUUAUAUCCACUGAAAUCUGUUUGGCUUACAACAAGGGUUUCAAUGAAAACACUGAUUUCUCCCAAAUGUUCCAGCAUAUAGAUGAGCAGAAUAUAAGCAUCAUUGUUGUUUUUGCUCCAAAAGUAUAUGCAGAAGCAGUCAUCGAAGCAGCGAUUCGACUCAAUUUCACAAACAAAGUGUGGAUAGCAGAUGACGGGUGGUCUUUAAACAAACGGCUUCCAAAAUUAAAGGGGAUCAAAAACAUCGGAACUGUGCUCGGAGCGGCGCAGCCCGUGAUAACGCUUCCAGGUUUCAACGACUUUGUCUACUCUGCUAGAAGUCUCACACCUUGUGCUGAUGCAGCCCAGCAGACCUUCUGUAACCAGGUCUGCAACUGCAGCCAACUGCUUGCAGCAGACAUUGUUGCUGUAGAUCCAUCGUUCACUUUUGCUGUUUAUUCGGCUGUUUACGCCGUCGCGCACGCCUUACACAACACCUUAAAGUGCGACACCGGCAGAUGUGAUGAGAGCACUGUAGUGCACCCGUACGUUGUUCUAGAAGAGCUCAGGAAGUCCAAUUUCACCCUGUUAAACCAGAGCGUCCAGUUUGAUGAGGAUGGAAACCCAGACUUUGGAUCCUUUUCGAUAGUCUUUUGGAACCAGAGUGGUGAAGCGCAGGAAGUCGGCUUUCAUCACUACCCAACUGAGUAUUUCUACAUCAACAACUCCUUAAUUCAGUGGCAUGCAAAUGGAGACGUGCCGACUGCCUUGUGUUCCCCAGAAUGUGAAGAAGGACACGCGAAAAAACAAAUCGGAAUCCAGAAAUGCUGCUUCAGCUGCAAAAUCUGUCCUGCUGAAACUUAUGUCAACAUUACAGAAAAUCCGUACAAGUGUAACGCCUGUAAAGAGACGGAGUGGUCUGUGAUGGGAAGUACAUCAUGCAGUCUGCGGCUGGUGGAGUUCGUCCCCCUCACAGACGCUGGAGCCAUAGUGGUCUUCGUCGGGGCCUGGAUAUUUAUCGGCAUAACCCUGGCUGUGUCGGUUCUCUUUGCCGUCAACUACAACACGCCUGUUGUCAGAUCUGCUGGAGGAAUGAUGUGCUUCCUGAUUUUAGUCUGUCUCGGUUUGUGUACUCUUAGCGUGUUCUUUUAUUUUGGAAGGCCCACAACGUUUUCCUGUAUUUUACGCUACAUCCCUUUUCUGUUGUUCUACACUGUGUGUCUUGCAUGUUUUGUUGUGCGCUCUUUUCAAAUUGUUUGCAUUUUUAAAAUAGCCGCCAAGUUCCCCAAACUCCAAACCUGGUGGGCACAAUACCACGGACAAUGGCUGCUCAUCACCGGAGCAUUUACCACUCAGGCCGUGUUGCUGAUCAUCAGCAUGUCCUGUCACCCCCCCAGACCCUUCAACGAAACAUCGUGGUACCAAGACCAAAUUGUACUAAGUUGUGACUUGAACAUUGAAGCAACGUCUUGUUCUCUUGUUUUGCUUGUGUUGUUGUGCUGCCUUUGCUUUAUUUUCUCUUACAUGGGGAAAGACCUGCCGAAAAACUACAACGAGGCUAAAGUGAUAACGUUCUGCCUGCUGCUGCUGAUCCUCACGUGGAUUCUGUUUUCCACCGUGUAUCUGCUUUACCGUGGAAAGUUCAUCCAAACCCUCAAUGCUCUGGCAGUCCUCUCGAGCCUCUACUCUUUUCUGUUGUGGUAUUUCCUCCCGAAAUGUUACAUCAUCGUAUUUCAACCCCACAAAAACACGCAACAGUUUUUUCAAGGGCUCAUUCAAAAUUACACGAAAACCAUUAGCCAGUAG